UCGAGCAACACCACGAAAAUUAUGUUGAAAGAAGUGAUAUUUUGUGUUCUAGUAGUAAAUGUUCUUCUGGCCGAAGCUAAAGAUUUGACGUGCAGUCAGCGCUCUUCGCAGAUGCCAAUGAUUGCUGGUGGCCGUUCGGUUAAUGAAAAAGACUGGCCGUGGCACGUAGCAGUACUCCAAGGAACAUCCACAGAAAAUAAACGCAUACAGAAUUGCACUCAGUUUUCCUACGGGUGCGGCGGAACGCUAAUCGGUCCAAAGUAUGUACUAACUGCAGCGCAUUGCACGUAUAGUAAACGGAUUAUACUCCCAGCAAGGAGAGUUAAGAUUCAAGUCGGCCUAAUUAACUUAGAAAAUCCAGGUAGACAUUCUACGACAUAUCUUGUAGCCAGCAUAAUACGCCACGAAGAAUAUGACAAGACAAACUUUCACAACGAUAUAGCACUCUUAAGGACCAGGGAUAAUAUAAUUUAUUCUGAUUACGUGCAACCCAUAUGCUUGCCAUCCUCAAAUUCAUAUCAAGGAAGAUUUGGCAAAGUCGUGGGUUGGGGAGUUGGGGAUAGUGAUCGAUACAAUCCGAUUUUACAAGAGGCGGAAUUGGAAGUUGUAAAAACAAUGUAUUGCCUUUUUGAACCUGAUCCCGUAUAUAAAUAUAUUCUGACAAAAAAUGAAAGCAACUUUUGUGCUGGAAAUAAAAAUGAAACCAACGUUUGUUCAGGAGACAGUGGUGGAGGCAUGUAUUCAUGGCAGGAUGGACGAUAUGUAUUAAGAGGAAUGACAAGUUUAGGAUCCCUUGGACAAGAUCAUCAAUGUAAAAUGAAAGAUUAUUCAGUUUUCGUCGACAUUUACAGCUUCAUAAAUUGGAUCGAGUCUGCGAAGAGUCCAAGAAGCACUAAUUUAUUGAAUAUCGACGGUUGCAGUCCUGAUAAUCAUGAUUUGGAAAUAUCGGAGAGUCUAAAGCCUAUCUUUUUGCAAUAUUCGUGGUUGGUUACAUUGGAUUUUACAACGCCAGACAACGAAACAUCUAAAUCGAUAUGCAGUGGUGUGCUUAUUCACGAAGUGUUUGUUUUGACGGUAGCUCACUGUCUGUGCAAUUCGAGCGAUUGGUACAAACUGACCUCUGUCACGCUAGGAGAUUUCAACGUUAAUCUUGAUCCAGAAAAUGGAGAAGAUGCUGGCUCAAAAAUCGUGACAAUCAGAAAAUCUGUGGUAGCGAUUGAGAAGAUAAUCCAACAUCCGGAGUAUAACAACCCGAAGUAUUCGAAUGACAUAGCUUUAAUCAAAUUACAACGAGAUCAUCCUUGUGAAAUGGUGAACAUCAAUCCCAUUUGUCUGCCACACGCCCGAACACAUUUAAGCAAUGAUCUAUUCGCAGUUGGAUGGAAACGUGUAAAUACCACUACGCCGGAAAGAGAAAUUGUCCAAAUCGAGGAUAUCAAAGCUUGUGUUGAAGCAUACAAAUCAAUCGAUAUGAGUCUACCGUCAAAAGAUAGUAUUUUGUGUACCAAUAGUGAGAGUCGGGCGAAUAACUGCUUAAACUUCGUCGCGGGAAGCCCUUUACAAUAUGUCAAGAAUGUAGACGGACAUAAUAGAUAUUUUCUCAGAGGGUUGUACACUUUCGGAUCAGCGCGGUGCAAUUCAAACUUAACAGAUGUUUUUGUGGACGUGAAUUACUAUUUGCAGUGGAUUAAACAAACUGUCGAGGAAAAUAUUUAAUAAACCGUUUUUAAGUCCUGAUAACGCGUUUUAUUGAAUUUGAAUCGAUUAAAAAAACAGCGGAGCUUCUGUAACUCCUUGUAGCUUAACAUUCUCUACGUUUUUAAAGAAUAUUUUAAUCAAUUUAGUAUGAUAUUAAAUAAUAAUUUUAAUUAUUAUCCGUAUACAAUCAUUUAAUAAAUCAUUUAAUCCGUAUACAUUUAAUCCGUAUACAGGCAUUUAAAAAAAAUCAAUAUUUAAUACCUUUUGUAUUAUUUGUUUUUUUUUUCGAUUGUUUCAUAAAUAUUAAACAUUGCGUGUAUGGUUUUUUUUAUUCUUUUUUAAAUAUUGUUGGGGCUUAGAUCGGGCUUACCAGAUGAUCCGAGGGUUUUGCUACCGUAUUUCUCCAGCGAUUAUCAAACGGCCCAGAUAAAUAUCAGUUGAAUAUCGUCAUUCGAAACCGGGUGAAGAUGUUAUUUCUUCACAACAGCAUCAAAUUGCACAGCCUAUAAUUUCCACUUUUACACCGAACAACAAGUUGUACACUUUGCUAGAAUAAAUUUAACAGUUUUAUGGAAGAAACUAAAUAGGUUUGAACUUCUAUUGGGGGAUUUUAGGAUUUGCCUUUGGAGGACAAAUAAGCGCGACCGAGCAGAAUAAGGUUCUUACUAUAGUGGAUUAUUGAACUUGGUACAUUAUUUUUGUAUCUUGAGCAAAGGUACACAAUUUGAGAGCUUAACUAAAAGCUUCACUUUAAACAAUUUCAAUUCUGAGUAGGCUCUAUUAAGGUGAAAAAGGAAUAGUUUUCAAUUUUAGGUUUCAUUUCAAAGAUCUUUUCGUUUAGAUUUUCAUUUGUACAAACAAUCGAAUAUUCAAAAAGUAUAAAAACAUUAUUUAAACCGAUGCACAAUGGGAAAUAAAGUGUACAAACCGCGAAGAAAUUUAAUAUUUUCCCUCCCACACGAACAAAAUCAAUGAAAAAAAAAUUAACUGAAGUGAAAAUGCUCACGAACGGAGGUAUAAUGCCUUUUAAACUUCGAAUUCCCCUAUAUAUUGUAAAAUAAAUACAUCAAUAAGCUAACUCGGACUUGAAAAUGUUGAACAAAAAUAGACCAAUCUUGUGUGAUUUUCACCGAGAAAUCGAAUAAUGGCUUUUUGAAUCACCGCACACUUCGGAAAAUGGAGUUAUGUCUGUUUUACCCUUAAAUCAAAGAGUUGAGAAAAAGCAUAUUCGGACUUGAAAAUUAUGAAUCUUGUGUGAUUUUAUCCGAGGAAUCGAAUGACGGCUGCUUGAAGCACUGCACGUAUUGGGAAAUGAAGAUUUGGCUGUUUUACCCUAGAUUCCCUAUUUAUUUAUAUGUUUUAUUCAUUUACAUAGUUUUCCGUCUCACGACAUAACAUGAUGAACAUAAUUUUUUAAACUCACUAGAUCCAUGGCAACCGUUCUCCAAUUUCUCGAACAUCCCACACUCGCCAGAGCACGCUCCACUUGGUCUGACCACCUCGCUCGUUUCGCCUCUGCUUGUCUCGUUCCUACAGGAAUCGUAGCAAAUAUCUGUUUUUCAGGACAGUCGCACGUUAUUCUCGCAACAUAUUCUGCCCAGCCCAGGCUGGACUCCGCCACCUUCUGGAUACUGGGUUCCCCGUAGAGUCGCGCGAGUUCUCCGUUCUUCUGCACGUCGCCAAAGAUGGUUCUUAACACUUGUCGCUCGAACCCUCCGACUGUACGCAGGUCCUCCUCGAGCAAUAUCCAUAUCUCGUGCCCGUAGGAAACAACCGGUCCAAUGAGCGUCAUGUAAAGCUUACAUUUCGUGCAAGGGCUAAGUCUGCUCGACCGCAGUUGCCUUUGGAGUCCAUAGUAGGCACGACUUCCACUGAUCAUCCGCCUCCUGAUCUCACGGCUGGUGUCAUUGCCUGCAGUCACCAGUCACCACAAAGUCUUCGACUAUAUCUAGCUUGACGUAUUGGACGUAUUCAUCGUUAACCCAAUCCUUCCUGCUUCGCGUUUCAUUCGCGGUAGAUCUCCUCCACCGCCGCACAUGAUCUACCGACUAUAUCAAUGUCAUAGGCAAAGCAAAUAAGUUGACUGGAUCUGUUGAAAAUCAUGCCCGCAUUUCGCCCACUGCUCGUCGAAUAACACCUUCUAGCGCCACGUUGAACAUCGCCUUGUCGAAGCACCCUGUGCGAUUCGACAAUUCACCCGAAAUCCGCACACAGCACUGCGUUCCAUCUAUCUUCGCCUUGAUCAGUUCGAUCAGCUUCCCAGACAAGCCAUUAUCGUCCAUGAUUUUCCAUAGCUCGUCACGGUCGAUCGUGUCGUAUGCGGCUUUGAAGUCGAUGAAUAGAUGGUGCGUAGGGACUUGGUGUUCCCGGCAUUUUUGGAGGAUUUGCCGUAAUGAUAAUAUCUGGUCCGUCGUUGACCGUCCCUCCAUGAAGCCGGCCUGAUGACUUCCCACGAAUCUGUUUGCUUGUGGCGUUAGGCGGCGGAGUAGGAUUCGGGACAACACUUUGUAGGCGGCAUUGAGGACAGUGAUCGCUCGGUAGUUCUCACAGUCCAAUUUGUCGCCCUUCUUGUAGAUGGGGCAUAUUACCCCCUCCUCCCACUCCACCGGUAGCUGUUCUAUGUCUCAGAUUCGAACUAUCAAUCGGUGUAGGCAAUCGGCCAACUUGUCCGGGCCCAUUUUGAAGAGUUCAGCUGCGAUGCCAUCCUUCCCAGCCGACUUGUUUCUAUUCAGCUGGCGAAUGGCUUCCUUAACCUCACUCAUCGUUCAGAGUGGCUCCUGGAGUGGCUGCAUGUGCGCCGUUCAGGAGUUCAUCGAAGUGCUGCUUCCACCUUUUGAUCACUUCACGAUUGUCCGUCAGGAUGCCUCCGUCCUUAUCCCGGCAUAUUUCGGCUUGCGGCACGAAGCCUUUGCGGGAUGCGUUGAGCUUCUGAUAGAACUUUCGUGUUUCUUGGGAACAAUGCAGCUGCUCCAGCUCCUCGAGCUCCUCCAGGAGGCGCUUUUUCUCCUGGAAAAUUCGGACUCGCUCCCUCUUCCGCUGUCGGUGAUUUUCCACAUUUCGACGAGUGCCACUCCUCGUCGAACCAGUCGUUCAGUCGAGUUCGCUCCACAUAACCGAUGACGUUCUCCGCAGCACUGUAGAUGGCUGUCUUGAUGGUAUCCCAACAGUCCUCGAGAGGGGCUUCAUCAAACUCGCCCUCUGCCGGCAGCGCUGCUUCGACCGAUUGCGCGUGGUCUGCGGCGACCUCAGGUUGCUUCAGUCAUACGAUAUUUAACCGAGGCGGGCGCCGGUUGCGUGUGUUGUUCACUACGGAGAGUUUUGGGCGUAUCUUCACCAUCACCAGAUAGUGGUCUGACUUGAUGUUGGCCCCUCGACAUGAUCUGACAUCGAUGAUGUCCGAGAAGUGCCGGCUGUCAAUCAAAACGUGGUCGAUCUGUGAUUGCGUUUGGUACGGUGAUCUCCAGGUUAUAACGACUUUUGAUUUUGCGUUCAGAACCCCAGCAAAUUCGUUCUUUAAUUCGCCUUAUCCGUGGCUAUUCGGAUUUAAACUAUUUUGAAAUCUAUUUGCAAUUCGAGCCCCGUAGCAUAAUCGUCCACGCCCGGCUAAAGCACUCUCUAUGUUGUUAAGGUGCUCAAAAUAUCAAAUAGCGCAAAUAAAUAAAUUCAGAUUGCAUGUUCAUGAAGUUGUGCUUAUUAUUGCAUGCCAAUCCACAUAAUCUUAUAAACUAUGAUUUUACCUAAGUGCUACUUACGAACUAAACAAACAUUCAAAUCUGCAGUGAUACACAGUUAAUUGAUUGCCAGUAGCGGUUCUCCGUUGCUGGGGUACUUUUCGAGUUCGCUUGGAUGCGAUUUUAAUUCCUGCUGGCUGUUCUGAAUACUCGCAACUAGCGCGCUAGUAGAAUUCUGCAUGCAUCGGCAUGCUGCUGAUUCGAUCGAGCUGGUACAAAUUCUUCCGCUCUCCCGAUUUUCCUUCACCCAAUGCUGGGUGGUGAGUUCCGAGUCACUCACUUCCUCGACGCGCUAGCUCGAUGUUUCACUUUUGCACAAGCUUUCCGAUGACUGCUCGUUGAUUGCAGCUACUGCACUUUUCGCUCUGGUGCGAAUUCCUUUCGAUGACAACGACGACAACAACAACAAGUUUGCAUGCACUUGUUGUUUGAUUUGCAGAAAUUUUAGAGGGCGAUCCCCGACUUCAGCAACUUCUUCAGCUUUGUCGUUUCUUCAUGCAACGACGACUCGGCUUCUCCUACGUUCCCACAUGCACUCGAUCUCCGUCACAUCGGAGAUUUCAACGUUGUGAGACUCGAUGACUUCGAAGAUCGAAGAAGAAGAUCGAACUCCCGAAAACGGCCCUAUAGUGUGGAAUGUAGUCUGUUAGGCAAAUGAUUUUAGUUUUAAUGAGUUCCGCUUACUUCUCGAGGAAGGCCGUUGACAUGCAGGGAGCUGGGUUCGAUAAAGUGGCUACAGGGCCCUUCUCUCCUAUCCUCUUCUGCUGUCGUCUAAUCUGUAGAAGACAUGUGAUGCAAUACGGGAAUAUUUUGCAAAUAUUUUGCCUUACAUUUAUCUCAAGUCGGACGCGAUCAGUGCUUUGCUCGAUAUUCGAGAAAGUGGCUACGGGGCCCUUCUCUCCUGCCCUCCUCUGCUGUCGUCCUAAUCUGCAGAAAAAUGUGUAAUGCAAUUGGUGGAAUAUUUUGCAUGUGUUUUGCCUUACGUUAAUUUCACGCCGGACACGAUCAAUACUCCUCUUGCUGAUCGGUAGUCGAUCGGUGCUUUUGGCUGUAAUUUAGG